GCCGGGGGUGGGGGACCCGUUUCCGAAACAGUCGAAGAACGCCGCGGAGGAUCAGCCGCCCGCAGGAAGAAGGCUCAAGGCAGGCAGACUGGAGCGGUCAAUCGGGCGCCGCGCACCACGGAGCAACGCGCGUCACUUCACUCCGUUUACCCUGCACGUGCUCGAGGGAUCGGAAUUGCCUCUCGCCUUGCCGCGUCUUGCCGCGCCUCGCCGCGUCUUGCCGCGCCGCGCCUCGCCUCGCGCCGGUCAUCGAGCAAUCAGGUGUGAGAGGAGGCCACCGCCACCCGCCGUUACCGAAACACCGAUAUUGUUAAGACGGUGAUAAUAUAACGGGGGCAAAUACGCGUGGAUACUGGAAACGUACUAGUGCCGCCGCGAUUCAGUGAUUCGGUUCGAUUUGUUACGUCGUCAAGCCGACGUCGUUGUUUUACCGUCGCCGAGAGCGGACGCGAUACGGUCGCGGACGUUGCACGUGUGUUCAGUGAAAAUUUUAUCUGGAAUUUUACGUAUUUUUCGUGUUUUUUGUUUUUUUAUUUUUACUUUCAUUCGUUUUGUUCUUACUUUUUUUUUGUUUUACUUCACAUUGGUUCCUGUUUCUGCAUUCGAUUGGAUCAAUAAUUUGGUAUAUCUUGUGCACCUAGCCUUGUUUAUUGGUUUUUUAUAAUUGUGAUACAAACCAAAACAUAUUACCACCACGUUAUCGUUAUUCGUGAUUGUAACAAACGGAUCAAGAGUUGACUUGUGAUUUUCGCUGGUUGUAGUUCCGGCUUUACAACGGCAAUUCUCGACUCGCACUGUGUUAGCGUGGCCGGCGGCGGCGGUGGUCGACUUAGCCUGCAGUUACGUUCGUGCGGUUCCGGAAGCGGGGGCGCCGGCGACGGCGUCUCGGAAUAUCCACCAGGUUCCGCGGCAGCCAGAAGUCGGGAGGCCGCUGCGGCGGCGUUGCACGCGGCCAGGACGCUGUUGGGGGCGGGGGUGGCCAACCCUUGCUCUCCCACCCCCGAACCACCCUUCUGGAAGAUGCCCCAUAAAGAAGAGGACCUGAUGCACGGCGGGGGUGGCGGUCUGGGGGGCGGCUCGAUGGUCGGACAGAACUCGAUCUUUGGAUGUUCAGCGGCGGGUCACAGCGGAGUGAAUCAACUCGGCGGCGUCUAUGUAAACGGAAGGCCCCUGCCCGAUUCGACGAGACAGAAGAUCGUAGAGUUGGCCCAUAGCGGUGCUCGGCCCUGCGACAUAUCGCGGAUUCUCCAGGUCAGCAAUGGCUGCGUAUCGAAGAUACUUGGAAGGUACUACGAGACCGGUUCAAUAAAGCCGCGGGCUAUCGGCGGAAGUAAACCCAGGGUGGCCACUACGCCAGUUGUCAAUAAGAUCGCCGAUUACAAGCGCGAGUGCCCCUCCAUUUUCGCAUGGGAGAUUCGGGACCGGCUACUACAGGAAGGCGUCUGCAACAACGACAACAUACCCAGUGUCUCGUCGAUCAACAGGGUGCUGCGCAACCUCGCAUCCCAAAAGGAGCAGCAAGCGGCGGCGGUCCAGGCCCACCAAGGUGCGGAGAGCGUUUACGACAAGCUGAGAAUGUUCAACGGACAAGCCGCUGGCUGGCCGCCGGCUUGGUACUCCGCCACGCCGCCUCAUCAUCCCCUGGCACCCGGACUUCCAUCCUCCGCCGCUCCCGGAUCCGGUCAGUCCCUACUGCCCGGAGGUCAGCUCCACGGACGGGACGAUUCCCUGCUAAAACGUACCGAUACCGGAUCGCUACUCUCUCAUCAGCAGGAAAGCACUUCCGACGGUAACUCGGAGCACAAUUCAUCCGGAGACGAAGACUCCCAGCUAAGGUUAAGGUUAAAAAGGAAGCUACAACGCAACAGGACAUCUUUCAGCAACGAGCAAAUAGACAGUCUUGAAAAAGAAUUCGAGAGGACGCAUUACCCGGACGUUUUUGCGCGGGAGCGUCUCGCCGAGAAGAUUGGUUUGCCCGAGGCACGUAUCCAGGUAUGGUUCAGCAAUCGUAGGGCAAAGUGGCGACGGGAAGAGAAACUUCGUAACCAAAGGAGAGCGGCGGUAGACCAGGUUGUCGGCGGUGGUAACGGGGGUGGUAUCAACGGAUCCGCGCCACCCGCAGCCACCCCCGCAACCCCGAGACUCCCCCUCAACGCCGGCUUCAACGCCAUGUACUCAUCCAUACCCCAACCGAUCGCUACGAUGCCCGACACUUACAGCUCGAUGUCCGGAAGUCUGGGCGGGUCGAUGGGCGGAAGUUGCCUCCAGCAAAGAGCGGAGGGUUACCCGGCGUACGUGUUCCACGAGCCACUUCACUCCCUAACGCAAUCCUAUUCGCACGCACAUUCCGCGGCGGCCCACUCGCAACCGCAUCGCGGAAUACCGACCUCCCAUGGGGGAACGCCGACCACUCCCGGGGGACAGCCGGCUGGUCCCGGAGGCGCGACGUAUCAGCCGACGACAUCGACGGCGACCGGCGUGAUAUCGGCGGGAGUCUCGGUACCGGUUCAGAUACCCUCGCAGACUCCGGACCUCGCCGGCAACUACUGGCCACGGCUCCAGUGAUCACAGCUCUUCGGGUUCCCGGCGACGAGUCUCCUCGUCGGCCAGGAGAGCCCGCCGCCACAUCCUCCAGCUGCCCCAGUCCCACGACCGCUGCUCGCAACCCUUGGCCUCGCCGGGCAGCACCCCCAGCACCAUCCUCAGCACCACCCUCAGCACUCCCAGCACCCUCAGCAUCAGCCAAGUCCGCCGGCGACUACCUCGACGCACACGUCCGACGGUAGCGAGUGAGAAACGGAGCCGCGACUAGGACCUCCGACAUUCGCGAGAGGCCCGGGUCAACCUGCAGGGUAAACCAAAUAAUAUUUUAAAUACCUACAUCUAUACUCGACGUUUUUUUUAACGACUCGUAAACGUUACGUUUUACUUCCAGCGAUCGACGUGCGCGGUGAAAUCGGCAAGUUUUUUUUACAAAUAUAUAUAUAUAUAUAUAUAUAUAUAUAUGUGUGUGUGUGAGUAUUUUAGUUCUCAUCGCCAUUGGCAAUGUAAGGAAAGCUAGAAUUGGUUUCGGUCGGAAAUCACUUUUUCGAACCUCUGGAAUCCGAAAAACAAGACUUUUAGAAAAAAGUCCGUCUGUCGGUUGUCCCGAAAAAUUCUCGCGAUAAUCUCGGAAGCGGCUGAAUGAAAACAUCCGAAACUUACGGAAUUUUACAACGAAACGAUGGGCAUGAAAAAUUGCCAUACCUCGUUUAAUUUGAACUUCCGGUUCUACCGGAAAUAAAUCUAUUUUCAAUGCUUUACCGACAAACGUAUACUUUAUCCUUCUUAUUAAUUUUCCCAAAUAAACGAGUAUGUUUUUCCCAGUUUACGUAUUUAUUUAAAACAAGAUUUAUAAAUUUUUCUUCAGUUAGAAAUAUUUUUUAAAAACUUUUUCAGUCGGCUGCCGCGUUCUAUCAGUUUUGCAUUUUUUGAUCGUCCGUUUUCGAAGUCAUCGCGGAAGUUUGUCGAACAGAUCGACGGAUUCUUCCCUUUCCAUGCCGAUAGAAAGUAUCGCCAAAAAAUUGUUUCUCCGGCUUGUUUUUCUCCGGACACAAACGGUAAGCAUUUUUAUUUAAUAAUCGCACAAAAACCACGAUGCAGGAUCGAUUUUGCUACGUUAUUUACAGUCAGUUAUAUACAACGACAUAUUUUUUUCUUUUUUUGCAACAAACAGACUCGAACAGAUAAUUUUUGCUGCAGGAUACUUCGAUAAAUCUUCAAUGAUCUCAGAACGAUGGUUUAUGGUUAUUGCUUUGGAUCCCAAAGCAAUUUUUGACGUACCAUUCUUGCCGGUAUAUUUUUUUGUAGCCGUCGAUCGUUGGUUGUCAAUUUAAAAAAAAAAUUUUUUUAGUUCGGCUUGUUUUUUUUUUUUAAAUGAGACAAAGAGAAAUAAUAUCAGAGGAAAAAAAGAAAAAUUGAAAAAAAAAAUUGAUAAGUAAAGGGAAACGAGAACAGCAAAAAAAACCGUUUGUCUUCAGUUACAGAUUGUAUAAUAAUAAUAUGACAUAGCAUUUGUUACCUUUGGUUUAGUCGAUAUAUUAUAGUGUAUAUGAUUAUAAUUAUAUAGUUAACAUUGCCAUUGUAUAUAUAUAUAUAUAUAUUUAAAUAAUAGUACCUUAUAUACCGAAUGCCAGUUAUUACAUAUAAUAUACAGUUCCCAAGAUUUACAACCUCUUCGGCUGAAUCGAAGGUCGUCUUCACACGAAGAAAAGACAAAUACUUAGGGGGAAAGAAUAAUUUCACCUACAGUAAACUUGUAGUCUAUAAUCUAGGUAAUAUUCAGUGUAUUUUCUUUCCCAUGAUGCAAUCGAAGAAAAAUUGAUAACGAAUCCAAGGAAAUAAUAAUUUCGAUAGAUCUUACACGAAUACAGUUCUUUGUUGCAAUAAAAACAAACCCGAGUCAAAUCGAUUUUUUCAUCUUAUGAAAUAUACAUAUAAUCUUUCAAGGAAUGUUGAAACGUAUGAUUUCUUGGACUUGACAAUAUUAUUAUUUUUUCUUCGUUGUGAUAAUCUAACGCGUGGCUCGAUUCGAUAAAAUUCGAUUCACCAUUAUAUAUAACGUACGUUUUUACCUAUACCUCUGCAACGUCUACCUAAAUAUGCAUAAGUUCGAACGGUCCGAGUCUGAAUCUAUUAGUACAAAUGUCGUUUUUCGUUUUAUUAAUUUUUAACAUCGCUUCGUAUCAGUUAUACUUUCGCGAUUGAUUUUCCGGUAGCGAUAUUCGACUGGAUUUUUUUUUAUUUUCUCAUUCUUGAAAUGAAUUUCGCCGGUGUUAACGCCUCGUGGAUUGCAAUUCCCUGGGUAUCGUGAGUUUUAUUACCCCUCAAUUUUUGCGAGCUGAGAGAGAGUCGUGUGAUAAAUUCGUGUAGGGGACGAUCAGCUCUGUGCGAAUUUAGGUGACGUUACUUACCUGUCUACCUAACUACCUUACCUUACCCGUAACUACUACCAAUCAAUAGAUAAUCAGAAAAGCAGAAACAGUAAAUCGUUGUGUUUUAUUAUAAUUAUAAUUAUCGAAAUAUCAUAGAGUGUGUCAAAAUCAUGCGUGCAUAAAACACGUGACAGUACAGCGAAGCAAUUGAUGAUUAUUCUAAUACCCACAGGAGCUACUUACAUUGACAUUAUUUACGGUCAGUUAAUUAACCGAUGCAAUUUCUUUGAAAACACAAUUUUCGCAUUAUUAUUAUACUAUACGUACAGUAGAUGAACGAAGAAGAGGAACAAGAAGAAAAACAAAGACGAUGAAAAAUAAUAAAAUAAAAGUAAAGUAAAAUAAUGUACAUUAGUCUUAAAUUUAUAUUUUUGGAGAAAAGAAAACGUAAUAAUUAACGAAUAACAAAGUUAAAGUUCUAAUUGGAAACAGACUUUGGCUGCAUAUUCGUAUAUAAUAAAAAAAGAAACAGAUAAUUCUAUAUGCAGCGUCGCUUUCGGUUCGGCAUUCUGAUACUUCGAUCAUUCCAGUCGAUUAUGUCAAAUUGUAACACACACAAACACACACACACACACACAUCUUGCAUAAUACUUCCGUGUUAAACAGGGAUCCCUUCGACAAUCUUGACGCAUAGCCGUCCUGAACCAACUUAAUGCGUGACACGUGUCAGACACAUGAAACCACUUUAACCUGUUGCUAAUUACUCGAUGUACGAGCGAAAUGGUAAGCAUGCAGUGCAACCUACGUACAUACGCUUGUGAUAACGAUGCCUAAUUGUCCUCUAAAUUGUGCUCAUUCAGCCUUAGAUUAAAACAAACACUGACGCGAGUAAUUAUCGAGAGUAAAAUUCGAAUGAAACUGAUAAAUUGUUACUGUGUAAAAUGCGCGCCAAUAUUUUUCCUUCUCUUUUAUCCUGAAAACUUUUCUUCAUAUGGAGGAUUUCCAAUUAACAGAUUCAUAUGCCUCGACUAUAUUCUUCAAUUACGGGCUCGCAGAUUUAUCAAAUGUCGCAGUAGUUUACAGUGAUUCUGUGAAAAUUCUUGGCUGUGUCAACAAUAACUUCAAUAUUUAUUUCAUUUACGAUUCAUGAACGUAUUAGUGAGAAAUAUUGACGCAAUGUAUAUGAAAUUUUUUUAUUAAUACUUGAAUCAAAUCAAGAGUGCGUAAUUUGAAGAGUAUUAUCAUCGUUUUUAAGGAGAAGAUUGACUGGGACGUUUUGCGUAUGAUACUGUUCAAUGUAUAACAUGGAAGUGAUAUGCAAAAAUUCACUUACGAACUAUAAAUAAAGUGUAAUAAAUAAAUUGAUAAAAAGCAAAGUGACAAAAAAACAAAAAAAAAAAAAGCAAAAACAUACGAUUAAUAAAUAAAUUUAUUAAACGAGAAUGGAUAAUAUAUAUAAAUAUACAUAUUAUAUAUAUAUAUUAUUAUUGCGGCAGUAAUCUAUGUAAGUGUUGUGAAUAUUGAGAUAAUAUUGUUGCUGUGAUUACCCAUAAGAGAAUUGUAAUUAGUAGCGAAUAGAAACCAUUAUUAGGUGUCACUGUCUCGAUUCAAUAAAUGUUAUUAAUUCAUUUUAA